UGUUUAUUUAUUUUUACUAAGCAAUCAAUUCUACCUGAUGUCAAAAUUGAUUCCAAAUCAUGCUGCAGUUUCAGGAGAAUGAACAAGAUAUCCCAUCUUCUGAAAAUAGUGGUUUUCUGCCUCAAUCAAUUUUAAAUACAGUAUGCAAUGAGUUAAAUAUUAAUGAACCAGAAGUUAUGUGCUUGCAGGGAAAUGUUCCUAGUGACAAAGAAUUCAAUUUUAGCCCCCUUCAGUGUUCUUGUAGUUCCUUACCAACAAGUUUUUCUGAUUCUAACUGGAACAUUGGUUACCAAUUUGGUACAAAUCAGCAAUUCAAUCCUUCAACAUGUUGCUUAUUUGAACAACAAAGUAGGAAACAAACAGAGUGUGCUCUGCCAGCUACUUUAUGUGAUAUUGAACCAUUUAUGGGAAAAGAAACUGAGUACAAACACAUUGAUUAUGGAGUUCUUUCAGGAAAACAAGGCCCGAGCAAUACCUCUGGCGAUUGCAGACUGCUUAGUUGUAUGCAACCCCAACAACCUCUUAACAUAUCUAUGUUCAAUUCUCCAUUUCCAACUCAAGAUACAUCUCUGUUACAGUUCAGCUCAAAUAAUACCAAUAACUAUAAUAUAUGUUUAGAUUCUGAUUGCCUUGAUAGAAUUGGUAGUCCUUCAAGAAAUCAGUACACUUCUUGUAUCCUUGACCAAAACUUGGAUUUUAAUACCUUCAGGGCAGAAAACAUAGGGCAAGUUAAUGAUAAGAUUGAUUUAUCUAAUUUUAUGUCAAUGGAUAAUGAUGAAGAAAGUAUACUGAAUGUUAAUGAAAGUGACGAAGAUAGUGAGAUCAUUGUAGAAGAAUCAGAUACUGAAAGUGAAGUUUCUAUUGAUGUGGGACCAUAUAUCAAGGAUGAAGAGAAAGGUCAACCCAAAAAGUCUGUUAUGAGAUGCUUUGUUUGUAAUUUGUCUUAUUCUGAAAAACUAGAUUUUGUUCAAGUGAACAGUUCAUUUCCUUUAACAUUCAUAUCUCAAACUCCUGUAAUGCUAAAGCUUAUAGAAAUAAUACCCACAGACAUGCAAACAUCAGUGAAAUUUGAAAACAAUCUUAUUUGUAAAAGAUGUCUUAAUCUAAUUGAUAUGGUUGAAAAUUUGGAAGUGAGACUUGUUAGUUUCAAGAAAGCCAUUUGUGAUUUUGUUUCUCGCUCAAGUAAAGAUGUAUCAGAUGAAGAUUGGUGUUUAAUUCAAGAAAGUAACAAUAUUUGUAUCGAUGGCAACAUAGAGCCCUUAAUUUCUAAAGAGGUUGGUCAAACUGAUGCUGCUGUGGAAAAUGGAGAGUCUGUAGAAACAUUUAACAGAAAUAAUAAAAAUGUGAAUGAUUUUGAAAUUAGGGAAACCAUGACUGAGCCAAUUAAUAGUGAUUAUAAUCAUCAAAAUACAAAAGACACUAUUGAUAAUAACGAGAAACAUAUGAAUCAGUUUGAAAUCAUGACUGAUUCAAUUAAUAAUGACCAUUCUCAUCAAAAUACGAAAGGUACUAUUGAUAAUAGUAAGAACAUUACGAGUAUAAAUGAAGAUAGCAAUGUUAAAGUGUUGAGUGAACCUGCAACAAUUAGUAAUUGUAAUGAUAAUUUAAGUUCAAAAGUAAAUUCUAGCUCUACUGUUAAGCUUGUUCCUAAAAUUCAGCUAUCUGUAGAUUUUAAGUAUCAAUGUGAUCGUUGUGGAAAAUUGUAUAGACGAGAAAAGGAAUUGGCGUUUCAUCUUAAAAAACAUAUGGGGGAGUUUUUGGAAAAAUGUACUGAAUGUGGCAAAGGUUUUAUGAAAAAAUCAAACCUUGAAGUACAUCUUAGGAAACAUAGAAAACAUAUUUGCCUUAAUUGUAGGGCUAGUUUUGUAUCAGAUAUAGAAUUAUCUGAUCAUUCAAAACAUUGUAAAGGAAACAAAUUUACUUGCCCUCAAUGCAAACUUGUUUUCUCCUCCAAUGUCAAGCUAGAAAAUCAUAUAGAAAAACACAAAGUAGGUGCUAAUAAAUGUUCUAUUUGCAAUAAAUCAUUUAAACAUCCAAGUUAUCUAGUAGCCCACAUGAUAAGUCAUUCUGAUAAAAAACCUUUCUCUUGUGAAAAAUGUGGAAGGAGUUAUAAAAAUCAGAACCAUUUAAAAAGACAUUUAAAAACUCAUUCUGGAUUAGCAUGCCAUAUCUGUCAAAAAGUUUUUUCAUUUUCAGAUGAGUUGAAAAAUCAUUUAAAUACCCAUGCAGAAGAAGAGGAAUGUGAUAUCUGCAAAAAAAAGUUUUCUAAAAAGUAUUUGCUCCAUCAUAAAAAAAUCCAUAAAAAUACAACUAAAAGAAAAGAAUGCCCUAUUUGUAAGAAAUUAUUAACCACCCGUCUAAAAGUUCAUAUGGCAAAACAUUCUGAAACCAAAGAAUAUAAAUGUGAAAUUUGCUCAAUAGAAUUUACAUUUAAGCAUUCGUUAGUAAAACAUGUGCGACUGAAGCAUAAUGUUAGUUAAUCUCAUUAAAUUAAGCUUAUGAAAACAACUUUACAAUUUUUAUAUUGAUGAAGAAAACGGAAGUCUGGGUCAAGAGUAGCACCAAAAACUAGUAGAAGUUAUUUAUGUUUCAGCCCAGAAUGCAUAUUUUUGACAGGGCUGUAAACAACAAGAUACUAUUAGGAUCAAAAUGUAGUUUAAGUGUGAAGAAAAUAUUAUGACAUGACAAGGGAAGCAGUUAAAAACAAAAUAAAAUUAUAAAAGUAGGCUAUUUCUGUUUAAUUUACUAAUUAUCAAUUUUUCUUUUUUUAAAGCUGAUUAUUUAUGUAAAAAUGUUAUUUAUAAACUCCAAUUUAAUUAAUUUUAAAUUAAGAAUUCAGUUUGUUAAUUUUUCCAUCAGUUCUAUACAGAAAUUUAAUUUCAAUUCUCACAGAUGAGUUGGGGCCUAACCUGUUAAAAUUUGUAUUUUAUAUUACUUCGUUAUCAAUUUCCUUAUUAUUUUUUUAAUUUAUACAUCAUAAUGUCACAUUAUUUAUAUUUCUGUACUAUGUCAUAUACAAGUAGCUGUGAUUUAAUAAUUGUAUUUAUAUUAUAAUUUAAUUAUAUUCAUUAAUAAUUAUUAAAUCUAAUAAUUUUAAUUA